AUGGCAUCGACCAAUCGCGGAAUUGCGGUUAUCUCCGGGGGCAGUGCCGCAAACAACCUUGUCGAUGUAUUCAGUGCCCUACGAGAAAGCAAGGAAUGCCCACUCAGUUAUAUAAUCCCUAUUAGUGAUAAUGGAGGCUCAUCAUCGGAACUAAUUCGAAUCUUCGGUGGCCCUGGAAUUGGUGAUGUUCGCAGUCGACUGGUUCGUCUCAUUCCGGACUCAUCCAAUAAUCCAGAGCGCACGGCCAUCAAGCUACUAUUUAAUCAUCGUCUUCCUGCUGAAGGCACCGCGGCGUCUCAGGAGUGGCUCUCGAUCGUAGAUGGCACCUCCAGGUUGUGGCUCUCCAUCACUCCGGCCAAAAAGGAACUGAUUCGUUCUUUUUUCAACAUGUUAAACCUCGAGAUUCUGAAACGAGCCCGGCCCCCUUCAUCGACCUUUGAUUUCACGUCCGCAAGCGUUGGAAACCUUUUUCUCACGGGCGCACGGCUUUUCAGCGGGAGUUUUGAGAGCGCCAUCUAUCUGCUAGGCAGUAUUUGCGGCGUGCAGUCUGAUAUUGUACGCGUAAUCCCUGCCAUCAACUCGAACUUUUCACAUCACAUCUCCGCCACGUUGGUCAAUGGCACUGUCAUAGUCGGCCAGAACAGCAUCUCCCACCCCAGUGAAGAAACAGCCCUCCAGUCGCCCUCUCGAGUCCGACGGCCGAGUCUUCUUCUAGCCGAUGGAGAUGAUUUAGAAGACACUGAUAUUUCCGAUAUGUCUGAUACGCUAUCCUACGAAGAAGAUCAUCUGCCUGGAUCUCUUGCAACACUGCGUAACAAAAACAUUAUCUUCAGCAAGCAUAUCAAUGAAGAUUUACCAAGUCGCAUCAGCCGUAUCUGGUACAUUAAUCCUUAUGGCCAGGAAAUCCGCCCGGCAGCUAACCCCCGUGUGCUGGAAGCAUUGAAUGAUGCACAAGCUAUUAUCUACAGCAUUGGCUCUUUAUACACAUCUAUUUUAUCUGCCGUCAUCCUCCGUGGAGUUGGAAAGAGUAUAGUGACCAGCCCCGCUCGCCACAAGAUCCUUAUUUUGAAUGGAUCUUUAGACCGGGAGACCGGUCCUCCUUCCGAACCAUUCGCAGCGUCAGAUUUUGUCGAGGCAAUCACGCGCGCAGGCGAGGAAAGCCGAGGGCGACUUCAUCACAGUGCGCACUGUAGGUCAUUCGACUCACCAGCAUCGCCAGCAACCGUCCGUCCGAAGACGCCCCUUCCGUAUACAUCAUACGUGACUCACAUUCUGCACCUGGAUGGACCCGGCACGCCUCAUGUGGAUCGAGAGAAAUUGUCGGAAAUGGGGAUCGAGUCACUUCGUCUGUAUGGGCGCAAAAUUACGACAAGCCAGGAUGAUGAGGAAGUGGUGGUUGGUAUGCGAUAUGAUUCCAAUGCCUUGCUCCAGGCACUUGAGGUCGUACUGGGGAAGAAAGGAGACGCAAUGAUCCGGGGUGGGCUUGGGAGUGGUUUAGGGCGCAGAAACACGUUGGAGCCUACGCGACGAGAGAGAUAG